AUGGAUGUUAAUCGUGACAAUUUUUAUGAUAUUUUACCAGAAAUUUUAAAUGAUAUUAAUAAUGCUGAUUAUGUAGCAGUUGAUGGUGAAUUUACAGGAAUAUUAAGAUUUAAUAAUAUGAGUCGUUUUGAUACUCCAGCUGAACGAUAUAAACGUCAUUAUGAAUAUGAUAGACAUUAUUUAAUGAUUCAAAUUGGUCUUGCAAUGAUCCAAUGUACGAAUCAAAGAGAAAAUCGAUAUGCAUUAAAAGCUUAUAAUUUUUAUUUAUUUUCUGAAAAUGAAACCGAUGCAUUUGAGUUUCGAUCAAAAAGUUCAUCAUUGCAAUUUUUAGCAGCUAAUCAUUUUGAUUUUGCUCAAUUAUUUCUCAAAGGAAUUCCUUUCGUUUGCAAAACAAAAUAUUUAGAAACAUUAAAAAGUUCUCAACUAUCAUCAUCAAAUGAUAAUAAUCCUCAAAUAUCGAAUGGUAUUACCAUUAAUAAAAAAAGAAAACCUGAAGCAACAACAAAUUCAGUACAAGAACAACUUGAAUCCAGUAAUGCGUCCAACGCAGAGUCAUUAAAAAAUCCAAUGAUCGGAUUUUCAGAAGUUAUGUGGAAACUACAAGAGUCUAAUAUUAUUUCAAAUACAGGAUUAAAUGUUUUGUAUAAAAGAAUUCGUGAAUCACCAUUUCCAUCGUGUCGUUUUGAUGUUGUUGACAAUUUCAAAUAUGCAUCGAAUGGACAUGAACAUACAGCUGGUUAUGAUGCUACUUGUACAGCUAUUUGUAUGACUGAAAUGAUGGCAUAUAUCGCUGAAAAAACUGAAUUUAAAGGAAAUCCAAUUGAGCAUGCAUUAGUUAAUACAUUUAACGGAAAAUUAUUUAUUAUGCUUUCAUUUGAUCUGACAUAUGUUGAUUUACUAAAUGAUGAUGAUUUACCUGAUCGAUCAUGUAUUUUUUAUGUAUCUCAUCCACAAACAUGGUCAACAGCUAAUGUACGUGAAUAUUUUUCUCAAUGGAAUCUUCUUGCUUAUGAUCAAUUGGAUUUAACAACACAUAUAAUUGCAGUAUCAUUAGAAAAAGAUACAAUACAGACAAUUUUAUCAAAAAUGCGUGCAAACGAUAAAAAUUUAAUCAUAACUCCUUAUGCAGAAUAUCAUCAUCUUGACACUUCAAAAAUAAAAACUAAAGAACUUGAUCCUCUUUUUGAUCUGAAUCCAAACAAUAGAAGAUCUAAUAAUUGGGUUUGUAUUGAUAAUGAUACAGUCUCGAUGAAUAUUCCUUCGUAUUCAACAGAAAAAUCUAUACAGACAAUGAACAGCUAUAAUCAUAUAUCAUCAGGUAAUAAAACUAGUUCAACAAUUAAUUGA